GUCAUUUCCAAAGAUCUUUGAUGGGGAGGAGGACUGUUUUGUUUACUAACAGUUCUCCUCCCUAUCUGCUCUGGCACGCUGCUCUGGAUGGCUAGCAGUGUAAUUACAGUAAAGCACACUGACACCACCCACUACUAAAACACUCUCUGCACACAGUUAACCCUUUGAUCAACCCUCAUGUUAACCCCUUCCUGCCCAGUGCUAUUAGUACAGUGUCAGUGCUUUCUUUUAGCACUGAUCACUGUAUUGGUGUCACUGGGGAUGUCAAUGACACCAAGUCAGUUCCCCCCAGUGUCAGAAUGUCCACCGCAGUCCCGCAGUCCCACUAUAAGUCGC